AUGUCUUCAGACGACAAACCUCAGCUUCUGAGGCCUUGCUUAGAAUGGCAGAGAGAUGGCUACAUCAUUUCAACGGAUUCAUCGUUAAUCUCCACGGCUUCGCUCAACGGAAUAUUUGCCGACAAAGGCUGUUAUUGGGCCAACCCACUACCCGAAACGACCUUGCGCAGAAUGCUCGACAAUUCACUUACAUUUGGUCUCUUUGAAUCCAAGGCAAUAAAAGCAGACAUGUCAGGGGUUGGGGACACCAAGGACUGCUUGAUAUUGGUUGGCCUAGCGCGCUGUGUCACAGAUAUGGUCACAUUUAUGUACGUGGACGAUGUUUGGGUGUCUCCGGAACAACGUGGGAAUGGUCUUGGGAAGUGGCUUCUUGAAUGUGUCCGCGAGACGAUGGACCAGAUGCCACAUUUGAGACGGAGUAUGCUGCACACACAAGACUGGAAGCGGUCAGUCCCAUUUUAUGAAGAAUUACUUGGAAUGGAAGUUGUGAAUGAGGGUCAAUCGGCGAGUCUGGCGGUAAUGGAGCGGAAAGGUCCGGGGGCAUAUUGCUAA